AUGCUAACUUUGUAUUACAUGCUAUUUAAAGAAAGGUUGAAAAUGUUUUCUGAAAACUGUAAUGCUUUGAAUUACAACAUAAUGAACGCUGAAUUGGACCAUUCCGACUUUUUCAAAGAUACAUACCUUCAAGUUUCCAACAGUAACAACAAGUUCACAAGGAACGUCCUGUUCUUCGUGUUCUGGACACCCGUCAUCUACUGCGUGCCGACUCCUAUCAUAGAUCUCUGUAACGGAGAAUACCGGCGACACCAUCCUCUCACGAUCAGCUAUCCGUACGACGAUCACAGCCCAGGAAUCUACGAGAUCACCUUUUUCCUGCAGAUGCUGGGUAUCCUCUAUGGUGAUAUGAAGAAGUUCGCAAACGAUUGUUUUUUUCUGACAGUAUUCAGAAUCCAUACGGUCUACUUGAAGUACCUAUCGGCUUCUAUGAGAAGUCUGGGAAAAGAGUUUGGGAAAUACGAUGAUGCGGUUGUGAAAAGGAAACUGAUAACUUGGUUGAAGUUGCAUGACAACUUAGUAAGGAAUGUCAGCGAACUUAUAUCUUUAUACGCACCUGUGAUUUGUAUUUACUACGCUAACCUAAUUUGCAUGGUUGUGUUUGGCAUAUUCACACAGAUAAAGCAUGAAAGUGGAUCAUUGGAAAGUAUCGGUCUAUCUGCAUUCUGUUUCGUGAAUCUGUUUCAAUUGUACAUGCAGUGCUCAACCAACGAAGAAGUCGGCGCGGAGGCUAAUAAACUGGCUUCCGAAAUAUAUAAUACACCAUGGUACGAGGUUAAUAAAACGAAUAAAGAUAUAAUUCGACUGAUACAGAGAAUGGCUAACAGGCCGGUGGACAUCACAGCCUACAGGGCUCCGACUUUAAGGCUUAAUAAAGAAUCAUUUCUUGCAUUUAUAACGAGCACAAUCACUGCUGUAGUUGCAUUUAGCAAAAUGAGCGAAAUUCACCAAUAA